AUGCAACAAACAACCACAGUGCUACCAUCUACUACAGCUCACGAGACUUCAACUCUUUCUGAAAUAACAACUAAAAUUAAACCAACAACCUCAGUGCUACCAUCAACUACAGCUCAAGAAACUUCAACUACAACUCUAUCUGAAAUAACAACGACCACAGCCCUACCAUCAUCUACAGCUCCAGAAACUUCAACUACAACUCUACCUGAAAAAACAACUACAAUGCAACCAAUAACCACAGCCCUACCAUCAACUUUAGGUCCAGAAACUUCAACUACAACCCUUUCUACAACAAACUCACCAACAACUUCACUCCCUCCUACAACAACCACACCCCUUUCUACAACAGCUCAGCCAACAACUACAGCUCCAGAAACUUCAACUACAACUCUACCUGAAAAAACAACUACAAUGCCACCAACAACCACAGCCCUACCAUCAACUUCAACUCAGCCAACAACUACAGCUCCAGAAACUUCAACUACAACUCUACCUGAAAAAACAACUACAAUGCCACCAACAACCACAGCCCUACCAUCAACUUCAACCCUACCAUCAACUACAGCUCAUGAAACUUCAACUACAACUCUAACUGAAAAAACAACUACAAUGCAACCAACAACCACAGUGCUACCAUCAACUACAGCUCAUGAAACUUCAACUACAACUCUAACUGAAAAAACAACUACAAUGCAACCAACAACCACAGCCCUACCAUCAACUUCAGCUCAGCCAUCAACUACAGCUCCAGAAACUUCAACUACAACUCUAUCUGAAAUAACAACGACCUCAGCCCUACCAUCAACUACAGAUCAUGAAACUUCAACUACAACUGUAACUGAAAUAACAACUACAAUGCAACCAACAACCACAGUGCUACCAUCAACUUCAGCUCAUGAAACUUCAACUACAACUCUAACUGAAAAAACAACUACAAUGCAACCAACAACCACAGCCCUACCAUCAACUUCAGCAACGACAGCCCUUUCUACAACCACAAUCACACCUACAACAACACAACUUAAUAAACCAUCAACAACAACAUCCCAGCCAUCAACAAUUACAACUCUACAUGCAACCACAACAUUCGAAACAACCACAACCACACCUACAACUACAUCUCAACAAACAACACAAUUGACAACUUCAACAACCCAACAAACAAUCAUAGCCACAUCUACAAAUACAUCUCAAUCUACAACCACAGAGACACCAACAAUUACAACAACCACAACACAGCCUACUACUACAACCACUGACUUAUCAACAGUUCAUCCUACACCUCCAACUGAACCAACAAUAACCCAGCCUUCAACAUCUUCAACUCUACAAGCAACCACAACCCUUCCUACAACAACCACCACAAUCCUGCCUACAAGUACAACUCAACCAACUACUACUGCCCACACUCUGCCUACAACUGCAUUUCAGCAGACAACUAUGACACCAACUACAGCUACAUCUCAGUCUACAACUAGAGAGCAACAAACAACUCCAAUUACUCCUUCAAUAACAACAGUCCCUCCUACAACUAAACCUCAAUCAUCAACAACCCAGUUUUCAACAUCUACAACACUACAAACAACCAAAACCCCUGCUAAGACCACCACCACAAUCCUGCCUACAAGUACAACUCAACCAAAUACUACACCCCCUGAUUCAACAACCACAACUAUACCUACAACUACAUCUCAACAGACAUCCACAACAUCACCUAUAACUACAUCUAUAAAAUCAUCUCAAUCUACAACCACAGAGACAGCAACAAUUACAACUCAGACAACAACCACAACACAGCCUACUUCUACAACCAUUGACUUAAAAACAGUUCACCCUACAACUCCAACUGAACAAACAACAACCCAGCCUUCAACAUCUUCAACUCCACAAGCCUCCACAACCACUCCUACAACAACCACCACAAUCCUGCCUACAAGUACAACUCAACAAAAUACUACACCCCCUGAUUCAACAACCACAACUAUACCUACAACUACAUCUCAACAGACAUCGACAACAUCACCAGAACAAUCAACAAUUACAACUCAGACAACAACCACAACACAGCCUACUUCUACAACCACUGACUUAACAACAGUUCACCCUACAACUCCAACUGAACAAACAACAACCCAGCCUUCAACAUCUUCAACUCUACAAGCCUCCACAACCACUCCUACAACAACCACCACAAUCCUGCCAACAACAAGUACAACUCGAUUAACUACUACUGCCCACACUCUGCCUACAACUGCAUUUCAGCAGACAACUACAACACCACUUACAGCUACAUCUCAAUCUACAACUAGAGAGCAACAAACAACUCCAAUUACUCCUUCAAUAACAACAGCCCCUCCUACAACUAAACCUCAAUCAUCAACAACCCAGUUUUCAACAUCUACAACACUACAAACAACCACAGCCCCUCCUAAAACAACCCCAACUAAAACAACCCUGCCCACAACAAGUAUAACUCAAAAAACAACUACAACAACAAUUCUGCCAACAACAAGCAAAACUGAACUUACAACUAUAACCACAACCACAACCCAGCCUACAACAGUGACAAUCCAGCCUACAAAUAUCGUUCUUGUAAGGUUUUCCAGCAAUGAAGAUUUUGAUCCUGAACUAUCAAAUUUGUCUUCAGUUGUUUAUAAAAUACGAGAAAAAAGAGUCCAAGAUGAGUUUGUUCCAAUAUUAAGAAAUAAAUUCAUCUCCUUCAUUGGAUUGACAGUUAAACGGUUCAGCGCUGGAUCAGUCAUCACAGAUAUGAAUUUACAAUUUGGCAAUUUACCCAGUGAUGCUGAAAUCUUCACCACUAUUUCCACUGCUAACACCACGUUUAACAUCACCAGCAUACAGGUAAGGCCAAAUCCUGACAGUACAACGACUCUCAAUCCCACUACAUCUACAACUAAACCUACUACAACCAAACCCCCAACAACUACAAUCAUACACACUACAACUACAACCAAACCAACUACAACUACAACCAAAGAUACUACAACUACAACCAAAGCAAAUACAACUACAACCAUACCAACUACAAACACAACCAUACCAACUACAAACACAACCAUACCAACUACAAAUGCAACCAAACCAACAACUACAACCAAAGCUACUACAACCGUACCAACUACAAAUACAACCAAACCCACUACAAACACAACCAAACCCACUACCACUACAACCAAAGCAACCACAACUGCAACCAUGCCAACUACAUAUACAACCAUGCCAACUACAAAUACAACCAUACCAACUACAAAUACAACCAAAGCAACUACAACUACAACCAAAGCAACCACAACUGCAACCAUGCCAACUACAGAUACAACCAUGCCAACUACAAAUACAACCAUACCAGCGACAACCUCAACCAAAGCAACUACAAUUACAACCAUGCCAAAUACAACCAUAUCAACUACAAAUACAACCAUACUAACUACAACCAAUGCAACUACAACUACAACAAUAACAUCUACAAAUACAACCAUACCAACUACAAAUACAACCAUACCAACUACAACCAAAGGAACUACAACUACAACCAUAACAUCUACAAAUACAACCAUACCAACUACAAAUACAACCAAACUCACUACAAUCAAAGCAACUACAACUACAACUGUAACAUCUACAAAUACAACCAUACCCACUACAAAUACAACCAAACCAACUACAAAUACAACCAAAGCAACUACAACCAUAACAUCUACAAAUACAACCAAACCAACUACAAAUACAACCAAACCAACUGCAUCCAUACCAACUACAAAUACAACCAAAACAACCACAACCAAAGCUACUACAACUACAACCAAAGCAACUACAACUACAACCAAAGCAACUACAACCACCACAACAGUGCCAGUUCCAACACGCCCUCCUCCAACUGUAGCCUUAGAAUUCAUCAUUAUAGUGGUGUUUGUUAAAGAGCUUGAAGACCCGAAAAGUCCAGAAUUUAAGAACCUAGCAACACAGGUUGAGACUGGGUUUGAUGUCAUUUAUAAAAGAAAGUUCGGAGCUCUUUUCGUCAGGACCAUUGUGAUUGCUUUCAGACUUUCUACCAAAACCCGAGCGCAAGAUAACGUGGACGUGGAGCUUGAGUUAGUGUUUAACCAAACCUCCAUUGAACCGAUCCCAAGCAACAAUGAGAUUGUGAUUACCCUGCAACAAGCAGUUCAAGCUCCAGACUCCGUCUUUAACAUCACUGUUGUUGCCAGCUCUAUUGUCGUUGUCAGAGAACUUCAGAAGAUCCCAGUGGCCAUCUUGACUAACGGCACCUUUGUGACUGCUCUCUCAGAUACAAGUUCAACUGAAUUUCAAAACAGGGCAUUCAUGAUGAAAACAGCGCUUGAACCUUUUUUCAUCGCUGAUUACCCCGCAUCAUUCAGCACCUUAACCUUAACAAACUUCAGUGAUGCCUCUGGAAAAUUGAGGAGUGUGCCUACAAUUCGGAACUCCAUGAACCUUUCAUUUUCGGCAAACUCCACUCUACCCAACAGCACACAGUUAGUGAGAACUAUAGUCCGAGCAGCCAAUAACUCAUUACCCUUCCAGAUCUUCACUUCUUCAAUUGUGAUCAAUGGCACAUCAUAUUCAUCAGGUGAAGUCACCAGCAGGAUCAGUGUGUCGACUGCUGUAAUCCUGGUUGCCGUGUCACUUCUAUCCUCAUGGUUUGAUUGAUCACAGUCAUAUAUUGACUCUGACAGGUUUGCCUUUCAAGAUUAUCGCAUACAUGAAGCUAUGAAUGGGUCACAUUCUGCUGUCUCUCACAUAUUUGGCCUACUCUUGCUGAAAACUAAUCCUUGAAGCAACAAUGGAUGCAACUCAAACAUAUCAAACCAGCUCUGCAAUGGAAACUCUUCAAUGUGUAAUUUUUAUGCUUGCUGACUUUGAAGGGUGAGUUUUGAUGAGAUAAAAGAUGAAGUAUUUCAACUAUCAUGAAUCCUGAAAGAAUGAAAGGUUGUCAAAGGUCAUGGCAUCAGAAAAGUCUGUGGGAAAACUCACAGAAAAGAUAAUACUACACAUUAGCAUAAUAACUUGACAAACUAGUAGUUGUGGAUCUCAGUUAUUUAUUUUGACAUCGAUAGGCCAGAUGAACUCUCAGUACAGCAGUUAAAACUCAUUUUUCAUGCAAAGUUAUUCACUAAGAGAUCUCACAUUUUACAGACACAAGUUAGAACCAUUUGGUUGAAGAUUCUUCAAUGAUUAGCUGGCUAAAACCAUCCACAUAAAUGACCGUAUUUUCAGAGCUAUUUACAUAUAUCUAUUUGAUCAAUGGGGUUAUCCAUAGUGAUUUACAAAGCAUUUAACAUACAGUAUGGCUGGUGUUCUCUGGGAAUCAAACCUGUUAUUUUAUUUUGACAUUUAUUUAUUCUGAAAAUGUAGCAAUCCAUUUGCAACUAUAUUGUCAUUAGUCUCAUUAUAUAAUGUUAAUUUAAUCCUAAACUCAUUGAUAUAAUUCACACUGGAUGUAGUAAAAAAUAUAAUGGGCACUUUUGUAUUCGUAAAAAAUGUUUGAUCAAAAAUAGUGUUACUAAGUGCUACUAUAUCAGAUGAUUAUAUAUAGAAUUUAUAUGAUAUGUAUGUUGGAAUUCUGUAAUAUUGUUAUUUAUGGAGUAUUGUGUAGACUUUAGCACUGUGUUGUAUUUGAUCACAUGUAACAUUGUGACAUUUUCAGUGUUCUAAAUAAACUUUCUUGUA